AUGUCCGAACCAAACCCCACCAGCAAUGCCCGCUUCAACGACGAAGCCGCAACCUGGGACCUGAACCCCUCCGUGCAGGAAUCUACACGUCUGGCCUUUCAGACCUUGGAACCUACUAUCCGAAGACUGUCGCUGUCACUGUCGCGGCAGAGUCAUGCCAAUGAGAUUGAUAAUACAGAUGCCGUGCUUGACGUCCUCGAGGUCGGCUGCGGGACAGGCCUCCUGACAACUCGCGUGGCGCCACUAGUACGCUCCGUCGUGGCGGUCGAUACAGCCGAUGGCAUGAUUGAUAUGUUGAAGGCGAAGGUUGCGAAUUCGUCUGGUCUUGGGAAUAUCGUCCCCAUCUGUAAAUUACUGGUGGAUCCUGAGGAUGAGGCACUCCCGGCUCAAGAUAGAACUGACCCCCACGGUCCACGGCAGAAGUUUGAUCUCGUUUUGUCGCAUCUCGUCAUGCAUCAUGUUCCCAAUCUACGGACGUUCUUGGGGACGUUGUUAGGGUGCCUGAAGCCGGGCGGGAGAGUCGUCUUGACGGACUUCGAGGACUUUGGGCCCGAGGCAAUUAAGUUUCAUCCGAAGGCGAAGUUGGAGGGCGUGGAAAGACAUGGGAUUCAGAGGGUGUGGAUGGAGGGUUUGAUGAGGGAUGUUGGGUACAGGGACGUCAAGGUGGAGGUUGGGUGGGGGUUGGAGAAGAAGGUGACGGGUUGGGAGAGUGAGGAGGAGGGCAAGAUCAUGGUGUUUCCGUUUUUGGUCUGUGAGGGAGUGCGCUGA